CGACGGCCACACUAAACACGGAGACAGGGACAGAAAAUACAACAUGACGGAAGGGCAGCAAAGGAAUGCGAAAUAAAGGGAAAGGAGAGAAGGAACCGAAGAUCGAUUGUUGUGAACAGAAAGAAGAGAUCAAUUAAAGCCCUCCGCAUUUCACACGGAGAUAUUUGUCACAGAAAUUGCUUCUUUUUUUUAUAAACACAACAAAAACCCGCGAACACACCACACGUUACCACCGCCGCAAACCCGUUGUUACACAAUUUUGCGUUCAUUUGCUGUGACACCACCGGAAUCGGGACACAUUUGCCAUGAGUGGAGUGUGGAGCGGGCGCUGCCUUACGCGGAAGUUCGUCCGGCAGGCAUACAUCUUGGCCAACAGCAGGAUACUGGGACCGGCGCAGCUGCAGCGCUCGCCGGCGGUGUACGCCGCUCUCCGGUCGUCGCAUAGCAGCCUCUAUCAAAAGGAUCGCAAGACCUUAUGCAGCGCCAAGGAUGUUCUUAAAUCCUCUGACAGUUCAUACUCACAGUCCAGUUCCCACAAACCCAGUAGCCCUCGUAGCAAUGACGAUGGAACAGCCUCCAGUGGCGUUGAUCAGGACUCCGAAAGCCAGAAAAAGGAUCUUCGCCUGACGGGCCUGCUGGCUGCUCUGGCGGCAUUGUUUGCCGGAGGAGUGAUAACCUGGUACUUGACGCAGAAAACAGACGAUGGCGACGCCAAAAGUGCAGCAGAUGAGCAACGGAAGCGUAAGCUGUCAGCUGGUCCAGCCACAACUCCUGCUAGUUCCAAGGACCUUCCAAAGCACGUUCCAUACCUGAUUGUCGGCGGCGGCACUGCUGCCUUCUCUGCGUUCCGUGCCAUCAAGUCCAACGAUGCCACCGCAAAGGUCCUGAUGAUCAGCAACGAGUUUCGCAAGCCCUACAUGCGUCCGCCUCUUUCUAAGGAGCUCUGGUACACGCCCAACCCGAGCGAGGAGACCAACAAGGAUUACCGCUUCAAGCAGUGGACUGGCUCGGAGAGAAGCUUGUUCUUUGAGCCUGACGAGUUUUUCGUGGCCCCCGAGAAGCUGGAGGAGAGCGUGAAUGGCGGCAUAGCCGUGGCUCAGGGUUUCGCCGUUAAGAAGGUGGACGCCCAGAAGCGGAUAGUGACGCUAGAAGAUGGCUAUCAAAUUGAGUACGACUCGUGCCUGAUUGCCACUGGCUGUGCCCCCAAGAACCUCGCCGUUUUCCAUGAUGCGCCACCCAGCAUUCGCGAAAAGGUAAUGGUCUAUCGCACUCCCGAUGACUUCGACCGCCUUCGCAAAUUGGCGUCAGAGAAGCGAUCGAUCACGAUCGUGGGCAACGGCUUCAUUGGGAGCGAGCUGGCCUGCUCCCUGGCCCAUUACGCCAAGGAGAAUGGUGGCGGCAAGGUGUACCAGGUGUUCCAGGAGGAUUCAAAUAUGUCGCGGGUUCUGCCGGACUACCUGAGCCGCUGGACUAAGACCAAGAUGGAGGCGCAGGGUGUCUGUGUUAUCCCCAAUGCCAGCAUUCAGAGCGCGACCAGAGACGCAUCCAAUCUGAAACUGGAGCUGAACAAUGGCACGACCCUGGUGUCCGAUGUGGUGGUAGUCUGUGUUGGCUGCUCACCAAACACGGAGCUCGCUGGUCCGAGCAGGCUGGAAGUUGACGGGAGCCUCGGUGGUUUCGUGGUCAAUGCUGAGCUGGAAGCCAGACGAAACCUGUACGUGGCUGGCGACGCCUCCUGCUUCUACGAUCCGCUGUUGGGCAGGCGGCGGGUGGAGCACCAUGAUCACUCCGUGGUGUCCGGACGACUGGCUGGAGAGAACAUGACGGGAGCUAAGAAACCAUACCAGCAUCAGAGCAUGUUCUGGUCGGAUUUGGGUCCUGAGAUCGGCUACGAGGGCAUCGGUCUGGUGGACUCCUCGCUGCCCACCGUGGGAGUGUUUGCUUUGCCGUCGGAUGCCGCCGACAAGCUGCCAAAGCCCAAGGAGGGUGGCGAUUCCAAGGGCAAAAAGAAUGUUGAGGUCGUUACCACAAAUGGCGUUGCCUCCGAUUCCGAUAAGACGGCAAACUACGGCAAGGGCGUGGUGUUCUACAUGAAGGACGAUAAGAUCGUGGGCGUCCUGCUCUGGAACCUCUUCAACCGGAUAGGCUUAGCUAGGACAAUAAUUAAUCAGAAUAAGAAGUAUGAUGACCUCAAUGAGGUGGCAAAACUAUUCGAGAUUCAUGCGUAGAGAGCGCCAAGAGUUUCAGAGAUGGAAACCAAGGAGAAGGAAAGUCCUUGCAUCCUGGAAUGCAAGUCGGUCCGCACAGAACUAUAUUCGAAAGCCUUCAAUUGUGUGAUCUGUAUGGAAUACGAACGGCAACGUCUUCGUAAUAUCACAAACUACUUUUAACUGGCAAAGUUGACGAAUAUGCUUUGAAAUUAAUGUGCGUUUCAGUUUUGUAUUUUUCAUACACUCCGCUGCUGCUCCCUUUCAAUCAGUGUUUCCUUUAUUUUCUUCUUACCAAACCUUUAGUCCUGGGACUUUUAUCUAUAUAAUUUAUUUUCACAAGUUCAAAAGAAUAAUUUCGAAGCCUUCCCACUUUUCUUUUUUGUUUAAAACAAAACAAUAUAUUUCAGCAGAAAUAUUUUAAUGAACAAAUACAGAACCACAGAACUCUUAGUUUUAUUCACUUGGAAGAAAAUGCUAAUAAAGAUAUGUAAAUAUGUAAAAUUAUUAAAUACCCACCGGCAUCUCUUGGUUUUUCGCUUGUAUUUCCUAAUAAAAAAAAACCCACUACAAAUGAGCACGGGAAAUGAUAAAAUAAUAAAAGCAUUUGUCCAAAAUCAAAGCAUUUUAAAUGUUAAAAAGGGUCUCCUUUAGUUGCUCACAAAACAUUAACUAUUUAAAUAGUAUCUAAGUGUUUAUUGUCUUCAGUUUUAAUUACAAUAAACCAUAAGGAUUUA